UUAACAUGUACUAACUGUGUAACCCUGGGCAAGUCACUUAACCCCAAUUGCCUCACCAAAAAAAAAAUUAUAUUUGCUUGAUUUUAGAUAUGUACUUUGAAUCAUAUUAAUAAAAUGGAAGGGACAAGCAGCUCUCAUUCUCCCACUCCCCAUGGCAAUAUAUCUUCUACGUGUAGGCAGGGCAGGUCUUGCUUUUGGCCAAAAUAUAUUUGCCAUCUAACAACAACACUUAAAAAGAUUUUUAUUAGGUACUUACUGUAUCAGCAAGCAUUUAUUGAGCACCUACUGUGUGCCAGUCACUGUGCUAAGUAACAAGAAUGCAGAGGAAGUCAAGGUGCUCACAAUCAGAUGAGAGAAUUAACACAGAAAAUAGUUCUUUAGAUAAACUUGAAGGAAGCCAAUGGUAGAGGUGAGGAGAAAGACAACCAGGGGAAAUUCACACAUGCAAGGACCAGCAAAGAGGCCAGGAGUCACUGAAUCACAGAGUCCAUAGAGAGGAAUAAUGUGUAAGAAGACUGGAAAGGUAGGAGGAUGCUGGGUUAUGAACGGCUUAAGACAAUGAGGUUGCCAGGUUUUUAUUGUUGUUGUUUUGGGGUUUUUUGUGGGGCAUUGAGGGUUAAGUGACUUGUCCAGAGUCACACAGCUAGUGUCAAGUGUCUGAGGCUGGGUUUGAAUUCAGGUCCUCCUGAAUCCAGGGCCGGUGCUUUAUCCACUGCAGUUCCACCUAGCUGCCUCCAGGUUGCCAAGUUUUUAAGAGUCCCUGUCCUCUGGGACCUUAUAACCCACAAAUGAGUAAAUACAAAGUCAUUCUAGGAGAGAGCACUAACCAGGGGAAUCAGGAAAGGUGUCACUGGGGACAUGGUACCUGAGUGGAGUCUCCGAGGAAGCCAGAGACUAAAAGGUGGCAGUAAGAAGGUUCGUGUUCUAGCCGGGCUUGCCGUUGGCACAAAGACCCACUUACUGCCCAAAGCCCAUAGUGUUUACCUUCUUUUGAACAACAGAUCAAGGCUGUAAACUGGUAUGGGGUAUCAGAAUGUGCAGAUGUGGUCAUUGAGCUUCAAGCUUCAUACAUGGAAGCCUUUGGUAAGUAAUAGAGGCUUGUUAUCUCUUAGAUGCCCACCCUAGCCAAUAAUGCUCUCGAUACAUCAUGGAUCGUCAUGGAUGUCAAGCAAUUUGCCCAUAAAGCCAGUCCAGUUGGUAAUCCCUACAAGAGUUCUCGUUUCUUCUCUAGCAGUGGGAUAGAAGAGUGUCACAACUCUCUCCUCUGCCCUUGGGGUGACAUGGGCAGAUUGCAUAUUCACAAUCAGACAUCUAGUUGGGACCUCAAAUCAUCUUCAGGGGUCUAACCCCUUUCUUUAACAGGUGAGCAAACUGUAGGAGUAAUUGGGAUAAGAACUGAGGCAAGAACUCGUCUUCAAGCUGGCAGUUUUAAACAGCUUGUAAUAGAAAAAUAUACACCGGAAAUGUAUUUGCUCAUUUACUUAGAGAUUACACUCUAAACUUACUCACAGUCCUCCAAGUAAGUUGAAAUAAAAAGUUACAGUUUGCUAAAGAUGGAUGGGAGUUUGCCCUAUUUGUGGCUAGUGGCUAGUAUUUAAAACCAUUUGUUUUUUCUAAAACCAGAAAGAUCUGUAAGCUAGUCACUACCGUGUCCCAUACUUAAGAAGCAAUAUGCAUAACUCAUGGUCCCUCAGUGUGUGGGGAGCUACUAUUGGCAGGGAAGGGCUGAGUACAGUUAAUUAUUACCCCAACAGUAGCCAAAACUGAUUGUUGCCACUGUGCUCCAAGCCAAGCACCUGGAUUCUGGAGGGAGCAGCAUGUCUCCUUCACUCUGCGUGGCUGUGGUGGCGUUCCUAUGCCUGGGGCUGCUGGCCAGAGGACAGAAGACAGAGCUUUUAAGUGGCCUCAGUGACCAAGCACUUUUCCAUGGAGCAGAUCGCUAUGAUUUUGCCAUCAUGGUCCCACCAGGGGGAACAGAGUGCUUCUGGCAGUUUGCCCACCAGGGCGGAUACUUUUACUUCAGUUUUGAGGUUCAGCGGACGGUAGGACUUUCACAUGGUCGUCAUGUUACUGCCACUGCACACACUCCCAAAGGUUUUCUCAUUGAUAAAUCCCAAGAUAUCCGAGGCCAGAUCAACUUUUCUACCAAAGAGACAGGUUUUUACCAGCUUUGUCUAAGUAAUCAACACAACCAUUUUGGCUCUGUCCAAGUAUAUCUCAAUUUUGGAGUCUUUUAUGAGGGGACAGACACGGAGAACAAUCAGAAGAAUGAGGAACGACAGAAACUGAAUGAUACUUUGGAUGCCAUUGAGGAGAGUACACGAAAGGUCCAGAUAAAUAUCUUUCACAUGUGGAGGUACUACAAUUUUGCCCGCAUGAGAAAAGGGUCUGACUUUUUCAUUCUCCAAUCAAACUAUAACUAUGUGAACUGGUGGUCAACAGCCCAGAGUAUAGUUAUUGUCCUUUCUGGGAUCCUGCAGCUGUAUUUCCUGAAGCGUCUCUUCAAUACCCCGCAAGUCACAGACACAAGGAAGCCAAGAUGCUAAAGGCAAGACUUAGAAACCAUGUCCCAGUUCUGGUUCCCUCCCACCACUCCCCCUUUUCCCCCCAGGGCUCAUCAAAUCAGUUUUAUGAAAUGGUUACAAAAAUUGACCAUCCACACACUAAAUUUUAAAAAAUCAUUGUGUCAUCACUCACAAAGGACCAUCAGCAGUAGUAGAAAUAACUAAAUUCAGAAUUAUUAUUUGGCUUUAGGUGAGUCUAUGAUAAGUCCUUUAAAAGGUUCCUCUAAACAGUGCUAAUAACUAUUCCCCUAAGUUCUACUGAGCAUAUAACCAAAGGAUUUUUAUCUAGAGCCUGAAGGAGUUGGGGGAAGGUGAGAGUUGAUGGAAGACAAAAAAAUCUUAAACAGGAAAGAGAGCUAAUAAUGUAUGAGAGAACAAGAGCUGGUAGGAGAUGGAUCACAGCAAAUAUUAAGUAAAAAUAAACAAAAACCAUAUCAGCGUUGGAAAACAUUUUGUACUUCUGUAAAUGACAUCUUCUGAAUUAAAGAUAAGUAGAUUUGCA